ACUACCAUUUUACUCUGCUUUAGAAGUUGGAACUCCGCCCACCUAUACUACAACCAUUGUCCCUUUCUUUUUCUUGCUUCUUCAAUGGAUUCUACCGGUGUUGGUAGAUCAGAAAUGCUCAUCAGCUUGGCUCAAAGGCUUCGUUUAUAUAAACCCGAUCACACUCCGACUCAACCCACCAGCAGUUCAUCUGAAAACCUGAGGAUUCAAGGAGUCUCUGCAGAGGAGAAACCUCCCAAACAGGCGAACCCAACCACCAUUCACCCCCAAGAACUGAGAUCUAAAAGGGCUGCGGUUUUGAUCUGUUUGUUCCAAGGCGAAAACGCUGAACUCCGUGUUAUUCUCACCAAAAGAUCUUCGAAACUUUCUACCCAUUCUGGUGAAGUUGCAUUGCCUGGAGGGAAAGUAGAAGAAGGAGAUGCCAAUGAUAUUGAAACAGCUUUGAGGGAGGCUAAGGAGGAGAUAGGAUUAGACCCUUCACUUGUGGAUGUUGUCACUGUUCUUGAAUCUUUCACAAAUAAGCGUGGUAUGACAGUAGUUCCAGUGGUUGGCAUAGUUUGGGACAAGAAUUUGAUGAAUCUCAUUGCAAAUGCUGAUGAAGUAGACGCCAUAUUUGAUGCUCCUUUAGAGAUGUUUCUGAAGGACGAAAAUAGAAGACAACAGGAGCGCGAAUGGAUGGGAAAUAAGUAUCUGCUCCAUUUCUUCGAUCAUCAGGCAGAGAAUGAAGUUUAUAUUAUUUGGGCUCUAACUGCUGGGAUUUUAAUCAAUGCUGCCUCCAUCAUAUAUCAGAGACCACCUGACUUUCAAGAACUACGGCCUAAAUUUUGGAGCAGAAGCCGCCAAUGAAGAUUGUAUUGUCUAAGAAAGUUUUAAACAGAAAAAUAUAUAGUCUUUGCAGUGUCAAAUUUGUCUGAAAGAAACUCUAAUAUGAAGCCAUUUGUAUUUCUAUUAUUUCCAUUCUUUGGAAGAUAUGAGCUUUUACUUCCAUCUGUUCGUUCUGAGAAUUCGCAAAACUAUAGGACAACCAAAUUUAUAUUACUACACUGAUAUAUACCAUGUUAUUUACAAUA